UCAAACGUUUAUCGACCAAAUUUUACUUUCAAAAUAACAUUUUACAUGUAGAAAAAUAUUGUAGACACAGUAUUUUCUAAUUUUUUAUAAAACAUAUAUCGACUUUUUGUGUAAAAAUGGGGGACGAAUCGAGAGCAGAAAUGAACAUGGCUCUAAACGUCUUGGAUCCCGACCACCAUCUUCUUGAGAAGUUCCAACAGGUUCUCAAGCAGCAUUUGCUUACACAAAUAGACCGAUUAAAGGAGGAGGUGUUCGAAAUCGAGACGGAGAGUCAGAAGAAAAAAGCAAAAAUUGAAGAGGUGGGAGUGCUAGCAUACGAAUUUCAACAAAAAGUAUGUGCCCAGCAGCGAGAACUCGAAAACCUAGUCCAAAACGUAGAAACCGUUACCGCUGCCCGAGAACAAAAACAAAACGAACUAGAAAACAACAAGAAACAACUAAAGAACAUCGAAAAUACGCUAUUUCAAACGGAAAGGAGCAACAGAGAUCUGUUGAGGGAAAUAGAAGCUAUUUCGAUGUUAAACAAACAAUUGUCCGCUACCGAAAAUAACAUCGAGAAUACCAUAAGUAUUAACAAAAGGAAAGCGGAGAAAACCAGGCUAGAUAACAAGAAGCUAGCUAAAGAAAAGAAACAACAAGAUUAUAUGAUAUACGCUUUAAGUGAGGAAGUUUGGAAACAAGAAAGUGAGUUAGAAACACUAAACAUGCAAAUUAGAAUGAAGGAACAAGAAAUAGAAGAUCUGGAAGAAAAAGUGGCUAUAGGCAAUACCGGCAUAUCCGCUCUUCAAACCGAAUACAGAAGCCUCAUGCACUCAUGGGAUUCUGUGGUAAUAGCCAUAGGAGCUAGAGACAAAGGCUUGGAAUGUCUUCAACAAGAAGUCAGCAAGCUAGACGAAAAAUACAAAGCGACUCUAACAGAAAUCGAACAAGUCCGAAAAUUGACCAAGAAAGAACUACUCGAGAAUGAAGUGUUGACUUACAGGAAGAAAACUAUUCAAACGGAGAUAAAAGCUUGUAGUGUCGAUGUAAAUGGUCAGCUAGAGAAGAAAACUGAAUUGGAGAAUAGAAUUUUUGAGCUGCACUCUAUUUUAGAGCAAACAGAUCAGGAUAUAAAAAUUAUUCAAGAUGAAAUUAUACAAAAACAACAAGCUCUCGACAGAGUCAUCAAAGAUUUUGAUUACGUGUAUCUCAAAAAAUCAAAUCUAGAAGAAGAGAUACUUAAAUAUAUACAAGGGGAACUAACAAACAAUAAGUUAGCCAAAAGAACAAGAAUUGCAUCAGAAGAGAUCCGGGAAAAAAGAAGGCGGAUGGAGCUUUUACGUAAUGAAACUACAAACCGUAGAAGUUUUCUCAAAGCCCAAAUCACCUUCCAGUCUUACAAAAACGAAGAGAUGAUGCAAAUUAAAAAUGAUUUACAAGAACAAUUUGAAAUGUUGGAAAAGGAGCAGAAGAUUUUACGCACGGAGCAGGAAAAAUAUGAAGUUCGCUAUAGAAAAAAAGAAAAAUUAUAUCAAGCUGUCAACAUCAAACUCGAUCUGAUAAUCAAAAAACAGACCGGCGAGACCUUAACAAAGGGAGAAAUAAAAAUGAAAGAUACAGAGAAAAUGAUAUCUGAGAUUCAACUGUCGGUCAGAAAACUACAAGUUGUUUGGCUAAGAGAACAAAACAACAUUAUUUCGAUAUCCAACGAGCGGCAAGAUCAGAUUCAAGAUAUGAAUCGAUUAAAGAAGCAAGUUUUGGUUUUACAGCAAAAGAAUAUACGGAUUUCGGAUGAAAUUGAUGAUAUUAAGAAACGCGAGGAGAAAGUCAAGCAUAAUCUGAAUGUGCUUAUAAAUAAGGCUGCUGUUCUUGGAGAUACUUUGUUCAAAAAGAGGAAUGUGAAGAUGAACUUGGAUAGAAAUACAACACUUCUACAAAGUGCGUACGACACCAAAUUAAAAGAGUCUGAGCUAGAGUUGCUGCAUAUCGAAGCAGAAAUUGCUGAAAUCGAUGAAGACAAAUUACAGUUAAGUAAGGAGCUUAUUAAUAUCAACAGAGAAGCACUGGAAUGGGAAAAACAAUUUCUACUUGCAAAAGAUACUUUCAUGAACAUGAAAGAAGCUAGAGGUAAAGGUGGAGAAUUGAAUUCAAUGCAGCUGGAAAUACACAAAAUGGAAAUUAUUUACGGACAACUUAAAAAGGCACAGGAAAAAUUGGUGAAGGACAUGGAGUACUGCAUAUCUCGAAGAGAUAAGAUUUUUUAUUCCUCCGAAGCAAUUCAGUCAAUGCAUGGAGAUAAAAAAGGCGACCCGACUGAAAAAAUAAGAAUGAAUCUAACGAAAAAACUCGACAAUAUGAAAAAUCAAAUAAAGAGAGUCGAAAACGAUAUCGAAACAACAAAGAAAAAGAUUACAGCGGAAGAAAAAGCAAAAGCAGAACAUUCAAAGAAGAUAAGUUAUAUUAAGACACGUGAACGGUCGAUACAUGGCCAUCUAGAAGUACUCAAAAAAGAACUUGAAGAAACAAAAAUCAGCAGGGAGCUAAAAUUCGAACUGUUAGUGCUCAAUCAACGGAAAGCUGUUCUGUAUAGACAGAUAGUUAAAAAACAAUCACCAUAUGUAGUUUACAAAAAGAACGAUGACUUGGUAAAUGAAUAUAACAAAGCCAAAGGUGUUAACGAAAGGUUGAAAAAAAUUACAGGUAAUUUGCGCCGAGAUUUUCCGGACAAGGUUUACGUGUUAUGUAGAAUAGAAAAUAUGUUAGGGGUAGUUUCUUUAUGUAUGUAUGGGUAAUACUUUCCUUUAUAUUUAUAUUUACACAAUAUUUGCAAAUAUACUGUCAUUAUUGCACAAA